UGUGACGUCACUUUGCGCCAACCAUGGGGAACGUUGCUGUCACCAGGAAGCACAAGAGUACCGUAUCCUCCUGGUGUGCAAUGUACAUAUACUGUGGAGCUUCCGGAUGGCUACUCUGAUCAGGCGCUCAGUGUUCAUUUCAACCGAUUCGAUAUUGCUCCAGAUGACUCCAUUAAAGGAUCCAUCAGAGGCAAAGCUCUUCAUGAAGGAGCAGGGUUCAAUAAUGAUCAUCGUCCACCCACUCAGUUGGUCUCAAGGCUCAGUAAAGCACAGAUCGUGAUGCAGAGCAACGCUGUCCGACAGGCGAUGGGUUUCAACUUGACAUAUUCUCUAAGUAUGUCUUUAGUCGUUGUUUCGUGCCCUCCUGGUUUUGAGUUCACUUCUGGUCGAGGACGAGCAUUCGAUGUGCACUGUCAGCUGGGAGGCAAGUGGACGGAAAACGCUCUUCCAAAUUGUCAACGUGAGUAUGCUAAUUUCUUCAUUCAUGGGCAGCACUAUUUAUACUUUUAC